AUGUUAAGCAACGAUCGAGGAAAGUAUCUAGUAUUCUUCGACGACGGCUACGCCCAGUACGUGCAGCACCAAUACACGCGCCUGGUCUGUGAGAGCUCCCCCCUCGUGUGGGAGGAGGUGCACCCCUUCUCGAGGGAGUUUGUGAGGGAAUACCUCCUUGCUUAUCCUGAGAGGCCCAUGGUGAGGCUGCAUGAGGGACAGAAUCUGAAGACUGAGUGGAAUGGCAAAUGGUGGUCAUCUCGCGUCGCCCGAGUAGAUGCGUCGCUAGCUCAAGUUGUAUUUGUCGGCGAUGGCAGACGGGAAUGGAUUUAUAGAGGAUCUACCCGCUUGGCACCAUUGUAUCUUGAGCUCCGCGCCGCUGAGAGACAUCGUCCGCGACCUAUGCCGAGGAGUAAGGCUCAGCCUAGGUCAAACAUGCCGUACGUAGAAUACACGAGGUCUGAUGAGCAGGAGUCCAAGAACAGACAGGAGGCGCAGGCGCAACAGGAACAACAACAUAACGAGGAGAUGAUCCGUCGUCAGCGCGCAGUGGCCAAGAAGUCGACGUCAAUCCCCGCGCCCCCGCCGCCACAGAUAGUGUCCAAUACUGACGCCGUCACCAGCAGAGUAGUGUACUACACACCAAAGAAUGCAGUGAAACCGUACAAGAUGGUCCCCCAUCGAUGCAGCGCUAAGUGCAAGCGUAGCGACGUACUCACACUGAAGGACCUUCGGACGUACAACCCGUUGGCUAAACCAUUGCUCAGCGGGUGGGAGAGACAAAUAGUCCGUUUCAAAGGCCACAAGGAAGUAAUGUACCGCGCGCCAUGCGGCCGGCGCCUGCGCAACAUGCCAGAGUUACAUCGGUACCUGCGCGCUACUGACUCGGACCUGCCGGUAGACCUGUUCGAUUUCCAGCCUGCGACACAUUGUCUUGCUGAGUUCGUGCUUAAUAAGUGUCUGGUGGGGAAAAAGGACCUAUCCCACGGCAAGGAGAACGUGCCAGUUCCCUGUGUGAAUUACUACGACGAGUCCCUCCCAGAGUUCUGUUCCUACAACACUGAGCGGACCCCUACCGCUGGGGUGCCACUUAACUUAGAUCCUGAGUUCCUGUGUGGCUGCGACUGUACUGAUGAUUGUCAGGAUAAAUCAAAAUGCGCGUGUUGGAAGAUGACGUUAGAAGGUGCCCGGACGAUAGGACUGGACGGGCCCAAUGUCGGCUACGCAUACAAACGACUGCCCGAGCCGCUGCCGUCCGGGAUAUAUGAGUGUAACUCUAGGUGUAAAUGCAAGCAUACUUGCCUGAACAGGGUGGCGCAGCAUCCCUUACAGUUGAAAUUACAGGUAUUCAAGACCCUGAACCGUGGUUGGGGUAUCCGUGCGCUGAACGAUGUCCCCAAGGGGGCCUUCCUCUGUGUGUACGCGGGGAACUUGCUUACUGAUGCUACUGCCAACUUGGACGGUCUAAACGAGGGCGAUGAAUACCUAGCUGAAUUAGACUACAUCGAGGUAGUGGAACAGAUGAAGGAAGGAUAUGAAGAGGACAUUCCUGAGGUUGAUAAGAAACUAGACAAGAAGGAGCUAUUCAAGGAAGAGGAGGCCUCAGACGAGGAACCUCCCUCGUCGUCCUCCGAGGAGGACAACGCCUCCAAGAGCGACAAGGAGGACGAUGACUUCAGACCUGGGUACAUUGGACUCGGUGUUAUGGAGUUUAACAAACGGCUCCGGAAACGCGAUAAAACAAAGAAAGAUAAAGAUAAACCCGAUUCAGAAGAUAAUAAAGAAAAAGAUAGUAAAGAGAAUAUAAUUAAAGAAAAGGAUUCUGCCUCCAAAGAGAACCCUGAUGAAGAUUGUAUCACCAUCAGUGAUGAUGAAGAAGUGAGAGAACCAUCGAGGUUCAUGGCGCAAGCUGGCAUGGGAGCUAGCGAGUUCAUCUCUAAAUACAAGUCUGUGCGUACUCUAUUCGGCAAGGACGAGGCGUGCUACAUUAUGGACGCUAAGGUGCAAGGCAACAUCGGCAGAUAUCUCAAUCAUUCCUGUUGCCCCAACGUCUUCGUACAGAACGUUUUCGUAGACACCCACGACCCACGCUUCCCCUGGGUCGCAUUCUUCGCACUAUCGCAUAUUAAGGCGGGCACAGAACUGACCUGGAACUACAACUACGAUGUAGGCUCAGUUCCCGGGAAGGUACUAUACUGUUAUUGCGGAGCGCCCAACUGUAGGGGACGACUGUUGUAAUUUUUUUUUCAAUAAAUAUUGUUUUUUUUUAAUGUUGCUAUGUCUAAAAUGUUGUUUUUAAUUCUU